UGCGGGGAGGAAUAGAGACGGCGGUGGGGAGACGGCGGGACUUCCGGCUCGGCUGGUGAGUUGAGCUCGUCGAAGGCUGAGGGCGAGCGGCCGGGAAGAGGCUGAGGCGAGCGGCCAUGAUCAAGAAGUUCGAUAAGAAGGACGAGGAGUCUGGCAGUGGCUCCAACCCCUUCCAGCAUCUGGAAAAAAGUGCCAUUCUCCAGGAGGCUCGUAUUUUUAAUGAAACCCCUAUAAAUCCAAGAAGAUGUCUGCACAUACUCACCAAGAUACUUUACCUACUGAACCAGGGUGAACACUUUGGAACGACAGAAGCCACAGAGGCCUUCUUUGCCAUGACCAGAUUAUUUCAGUCAAAUGAUCAAACCUUAAGGAGAAUGUGUUACCUUACCAUCAAAGAGAUGGCAAACAUUUCCGAGGAUGUUAUCAUUGUCACCAGCAGUCUGACCAAAGACAUGACGGGGAAGGAAGAUGUGUACCGAGGCCCAGCCAUCCGAGCGCUCUGCAGGAUCACUGAUGGAACGAUGCUGCAGGCCAUUGAGAGGUACAUGAAGCAGGCCAUUGUGGACAAAGUCCCCAGUGUCUCCAGUUCAGCACUGGUGUCUUCCUUACACAUGAUGAAGAUCAACUAUGACGUGGUCAAGCGGUGGAUCAACGAAGCCCAGGAAGCUGCUUCCAGUGACAAUGUCAUGGUGCAAUACCAUGCUCUAGGGCUUCUCUACCAUCUCAGGAAGAAUGACCGCCUUGCUGUCUCCAAGAUGCUGAAUAAAUUCACAAAAUCUGGACUGAAAUCCCAGUUUGCCUAUUGCAUGUUGAUUCGGAUUGCCAGCCGGCUACUGAAAGAGUCUGAGGAAGGGCAUGACAACCCCCUGUUUGAUUUCAUUGAGAGCUGCCUGCGGAACAAACACGAGAUGGUGAUUUACGAGGCUGCCUCUGCUAUUAUCCAUCUCCCAAACUGCACAGCCAGGGAGUUGGCACCAGCUGUCUCAGUGCUUCAGCUCUUCUGCAGCUCUCCCAAGCCUGUUCUGAGAUAUGCUGCAGUCAGGACCCUGAAUAAGGUGGCAAUGAAGCACCCGUCUGCAGUCACCGCCUGCAAUUUGGACUUGGAGAACCUGAUCACGGACUCCAACCGCAGCAUUGCCACCCUGGCCAUCACCACUCUCCUGAAGACGGGCAGCGAGAGCAGCGUGGACAGACUCAUGAAGCAGAUCUCUUCCUUCGUGUCUGAGAUAUCAGAUGAGUUCAAGGUGGUGGUAGUCCAGGCCAUAAGCGCCCUGUGCCAGAAGUACCCGCGGAAGCACAGCGUGAUGAUGACCUUCCUCUCCAACAUGCUCAGGGAUGAUGGAGGCUUUGAAUACAAGCGCGCCAUCGUGGACUGCAUCAUCAGCAUCAUUGAGGAGAACCCCGAGAGCAAGGAGCCGGGCCUGGCUCACCUCUGUGAGUUCAUCGAAGACUGCGAGCACACGGUGCUGGCCACCAAGAUCCUUCACCUGCUGGGCAAGGAAGGGCCCAGGACCCCUUCCCCUUCCAAGUACAUCCGCUUCAUCUUCAACAGAGUGGUGCUGGAAAACGAAGCUGUGAGGGCUGCGGCAGUCAGCGCACUGGCCAAAUUUGGGGCCCAGAACGAGAACCUGCUUCCUAGUGUCCUGGUGCUCUUGCAAAGGUGCAUGAUGGACACUGACGAUGAGGUCCGUGACCGAGCAACCUUCUACCUGAACGUCCUGCAGCAAAGGCAGCUGGCUCUGAAUGCUGCAUACAUCUUUAAUGGCCUGACAGUCUCCAUUCCUGGGAUGGAAAAGGCCCUGCACCAGUACACACUAGAGCCUUCAGAAAAGCCUUUCGACAUGAGGUCUGUGCCAUUGGCUACUGCCCCCACCUUUGAGCAAAAAGCAGAGAUCACCCUGGUGGCCAAGCAUGAGAAAAUGGCCCCUUCACGGCAGGACAUAUUCCAAGAACAACUGGCUGCCAUUCCGGAGUUCAAGAACCUGGGCCCUCUCUUCAAGUCCUCUGAGCCAGUUCAGCUCACGGAGGCAGAGACGGAGUAUUUUGUUCGCUGCAUCAAGCACGUGUUCGCCAGUCACAUUGUCUUCCAGUUUGACUGUACCAACACCCUCAACGACCAGCUCCUGGAAAGGGUGACGGUCCAGAUGGAGCCUUCAGAGCCAUAUGACGUGCUUCGCUGCAUCCCAGCCCCCAGCCUCCCCUACAACCAGCCAGGCAUGUGCUACACACUGGUUGGGCUGCCCCUAGAUGACCCCACUGCAGUUGCCUGCACCUUUAGCUGCACAAUGAAGUUCGCUGUCCGAGACUGUGACCCCAACACCAGAGUGCCAGACGACGAUGGUUAUGAUGAUGAAUAUGUGCUGGAAGAUCUGGAAGUAACUCUCUCCGACCACAUCCAGAAGGUGCUGAAGCCCAACUUUGCAGCUGCCUGGGAGGAACUAGGAGAUGACUAUGAGAAAGAGGAGACGUUUGCUCUCAGCUCCAUUAAAACCCUGGAUGAAGCUGUCAACAACAUUGUGAAGUUCCUGGGCAUGCAACCAUGCGAGAGAUCAGAUAAAGUACCAGAGAACAAGAAUUCCCACACCCUCUAUUUAGCUGGUGUGUACAGAGGCGGCUUAGAUGUCCUAGUGAGGUCCAGGCUUGCUCUGGGAGAUGGAGUGACAAUGCAGGUGACUGUCCGAAGCACAGAGGAAACGCCAGUGGACGUCAUCUUGGCUUCUGUUGGUUAAGUGUUGCAGCAGUUCAAGCUGGGAGCUGAACCAUCGUUUCAACUCUGUCCUCCUUGCAGGUUACUCCACAGAUCUACAUGCAUGUCUCUUCUGUUUCCCUUUUUGCAGGUCAAUGGUUUUUUGUGGUCUGUGGUUUUUUGUGGGGUUGGUGGCUGCCCUGGCGGUUUCUCUUAUAUGCAACUGGAACUGGGCCAUAGCCACAUCUACCCACCCAAACUUCUACAUUCCUGUAUACAUUAUUGUCUCUGUUUUGGCAAUAGAAUGGGGGAGUCUGGUAGAAGAUUUCCUUCUCCAGUUUUCUUGAAUUUUUAUUAAGAGAAAAUAAACAUGGCUGUUUCAGCAUCAA